CGGGGCCGGGGCGGGGCCCGGGGCGGGGCGGGGCGGGGCGGGGGUCCCUGGCCGGGGCAGGGGCACGACGGCGACGGGCAGGUCCCGUGCUGACUCACGCUGCGCUGGCCCCGGGGCGCCCUGGACCGUGUGGCGGCCGGGCGGGCGGCCGGUCCCUUUAAGGGCGCGCGGCGGGCGCGGGAAGAACCAUCGGCCUGCGGCGGGGGCCGCGGCUCCGUGUCCAUGGCGACGGCUCGGGGCGGGCCGGGCCCGCAUCUGUUGCUGGCGGGCUGCGAGCGCGGCCCCCCGCGCGGCCCGGCCUAGGGGAGGGCAGCGGCGGCCCCGCGGGCCGGCGAGUCGGGUCCGCCCGCGCCCCUGCCCGGCCCGGGGUCCGGCGGGUCCGGCCCGCGCCCCUGCCCGGGGUCCUGCAACAGGCGCUGCUGGGGGCGCCACCCGCCCCGCCCGGGCCCCUCCCCGCAGAUGGGCGCGGGGGACCCCCCGCGGGCCCCGCACGGCCCAGCCCCGGGCCCGCGCCCUGACCUUCUGCUGGCCAUGGAGGCGGGAGCCACGUAGGGCCUGGGUGCGGCCCCUCCACCCUGCUCGCCCUCCGGCAACUUGGCAGAGCCCAUGGAUCUGAAGAGUGUCCUGUCCCCGCCCCAGCACCCAGGGGAGUUCCUGCACCCCGUGGUGUAUGCCUGCACUGCUGUCAUGCUGCUGUGCCUGCUGGCGUCUGUGAUCACCUACCUCGUGCACCAGAGCGCAAUUCGCAUCAGCCGCGAGGGCCGCCACGUGCUGCUCAAUUUCUGUGUGCACACAGCCCUCACCUUCUCCGUGUUUGCCGGCGGCAUCAACCACACCAAGUACCCAGGCCUCUGCCAGGCGGUGGGUGUGACGCUGCACUUCUGCACCCUGUCCGCCAUGCUGUGGCUUGGCGUGGCCGCCAGGAGCAUCUACGAGCAGGUGACCAAGAAGGCCCCACCGUGCCCCAGUGCCCACCAGCAGCCCGGCCCCAGGCAGCCUCUGCUCAGGUCCUACCUCAUUGGUGGGGGGGUCCCCUUCAUCAUCUGUGGGGUCACAGCCGCCACGAACAUCCGCAACUACGGGAAGGAGGACGAGGACUCGGCAUACUGCUGGAUGGCCUGGGAGCCCAGCCUGGGCGCCUUCUACGGGCCGGCGGCCUUCAUCGCCCUGGGCACCUGCGUGUACCUGCUGGGCGCCUACGUGCAGCUGCGGCGGCACCCGGAGCGCAGGUACGAGCUCCGGGAGGUCCCCGAGGAGCGGCCGCGGGCGCCCCCCGGCUCGCCGCCCGCCCGCCCCGCGCUGGCCGCCUCGCUGCUGCAGAACGAGCACUCGCUGCCCGCCCAGCUGCGCGCGGCCGCCUGCUCGCUCGGCCUGUUCGCGGCCACCUGGGCCUUCGGGGCGCUGGCCGUGACGCAGGGCCCCCUGCUGGACAUGGUCUUCAGCUGCCUGUACGGCGCCUUCUGCGUGACCCUGGGGCUCUUCGUGCUCAUCCACCACUGCGCCAAGCGGGAGGACGUGUGGCAGCGCUGGUGGGCCUGCUGCCCCGCCCGCGCGGAGCCCCCCGCCGGCCCGCUCUGCGCCCGGCCCGCGCCCCACGCCGACGGGGAGGCGCUUGGGCCGCCCGCCUGCCUGCCAGACUCGCCCUGUCCCGGCCAGCCCCGCGGCUUCGGCCACCUGCCGGCCGGGCCCUGCCAGCUGGCCGGCCUGCCGGCCCCGGGCCACCCCAGCUGCCUGUCGCCGGCCACGCCCUGCUGUGCCACGCGGCGCCGCGAGCAGCUGCUGGAAGAGGACGUGUGCGGACACCACCUGCUGCCCCGGACACGGCCGCCCUGCGCCCAGCAGGCCUUCGACUACCACCUCCCGUCCAGCCUGGACGGCAGCCCCCAGAGCUCGUGCACGGACAGCGCGCCCAGCUCGCUGGAGGGCCCGCUGGGCGCGCAUGCGCUGGCCUGCUGCGCGCAGGGCGGCGCCUUCCCCGUGCUCAGCCAGCCCGACGGGCUCUACGGCUGUGGCCUGCGGCCCGGCCGGGAGGCGGCCUGCGGCCCCGUCCACCUGGAGAUGCUCCACAGGACACAGUCGCUGCCCUGCGGGGGCCCCGGCCUCAACGGGCUGUUCCGGGGCGACGAGCACGGGGCCCGCUGCAUGGUCAGCAUCCGGACAGGGCCCUGGAGGAACGAGACCAGCGUGUAGUCGGGCCCCUGCGGGCCCCCCCCCCCCCCGCGGACACAAGGCACCACGCCCCCCACGCCCCACACGUGUGCUGUGAGACUCUGUCCCGAGGGGGGAGCAGCUGGAGCCCCUGGGGCUGGCCCUGGGUGCCGGUCACUGCCCACG